AUGAGUUUACUAACUCUUGAAGGUUUUCCAUCCACCAGUGCUUAUCAUAUCAAAGCUGAAGGCCAAAAUGUGGUCAAUGCCAAUGGGAUAGCCAAAGAUAUAUUGUUUUUUAUCCCAGGAAAUCCUGGGUUGGUAGAAUAUUAUAUAACGUAUUUAGAUUUGAUCCAUGAAAAGUACCCUCAUUUUGAAAUAUAUUGCCUAUCACAUGCUGGAUACCAAACUACUCAUAAUUAUCAAUAUGAUAAUGAAGAAUAUUAUGAUAUCAAUUACCAGAUUGACCAUAAAUAUAAAAUCAUCAAAGAUUUGGUAGAUAAAGAGAGCAAUAUUCACUUUUUAGGUCACUCAAUGGGAACUUUUGUGAUGCAAAAAUUGAUAAAGAAAUUGAUAGAUGAUGAUUUGAAGGUUAAAUUCAUAGGAUUGAUUUGCCCUACUAUCGUCAACUUGAAAGAUUCAGACAGUGGUAAAAAAUUCCAAAAGUUAUAUAGAUGGUUACCAAUAAUUAAACUUGGAUUACUUUUUAGUUGGUUUUUGGGUCUUUUCAGUGAAAGUUUCAUCAAAUAUUUAUUUGGCUCAAUAAUAUUUGAUGAACCAAAGGUAAGGGAUUCCAAGUCGGAACAAUCUUUGAAGAAUUCCAUCGAUGCAUCUUUUAAAUUGGUCACAACUCCAAGAAUUGUCAGACAAGCUUUAACAUUAGUGGUUGAUGAAUUGGAUAUGAUCCUACAAGAUGAUGAAUUGAAUGACUGGUUCUUUGGAUUAUCCAAAGAAGGUAUCAAGAUCUGGACUUAUUUUGCUUUCAAAGAUCAUUGGAUCCAUGAUAAUACGAGAGAUUAUAUAUUAUCGAGAUACUUUGAUGAAAAAAAUUCCAAUUUAUUGUUUGAAUUGGGCGAUAUAGAUGGAAUCACUCAUAGUUUUUGUGUAAAUCAAAGUGUUGAAUUUGCUGAGAUCACUUUAAAUACUAUGAGCCAACUCACAUAG